ACCCUAACACAGUGUUUCUCAACCUUGACAAUUUUAAGGCAUCCACAUGCCUUAAAAUUGUCACGGUUGAGAAACACUGCGCCUAACACGAAGUUAGGGGCACGCGCUGGGCUUAAUUAUACUGUGAUCCCUUUGAUAUUGGUUAGCGUGCAUCGGCCACAUCCAGCAGUUGGUCAACGCAACAGUGGCUUAAGCUGAACCACGCGGUACGGAGACACCGGUAACUCCUAACCGAGUCUGCAAAAUCGAGCCAUCCUUGCAGCGGGUUUUCCACCGCCCCUAGGAUUCCCCCAAAUGUAAGGCACCGGGCGUCGGUCCUGGGAAUCGGCAUCCUGGGAGUUGUGGUCCAACGCGCUCGGAGGCUCUCCGGCUGGGGGAAGCCCGCACCGGCGAAAAGCGAUUCGGCCGCGCCUGGAAGACUCAUGCGCUCUGGGAGGAGACGUGGCAGGGUAGUAUCCCUGAGUCUCCUCCCCUCCAGUUUGGCUCUGCGGUCACUUCCUGCAGCUGUUCGCAUCUGUGUCCGGUUAUGCUACGCCCUCCCCCCGGUCUCAGCCUCUCUCCUUGGUUAGACAGGCAGCGGGGCUGGGGAAGAUGGGAAGAGCGAGCCCAAGGUGCUGAGCCCGCACCGGAGCGCGCCGCAGCCGGCGAUCGGCGUCCUGGAGGAGGCGACUGACGCCCGCGCACCUCCCUCUCCUCUUCCAGCUCUUAGAAAGCCGUUUGGAUCCGAAGUCGUCUUUGGGUUUCGAAGAGAGAAUGCUGGAAGGUCGGUCAGCCAAUGAUUCUUUUGCAGCAAGUUGGGUUUCCUCCUCUUCCUCCUCCUGAAACGCCCCCAUCUCUUCCUAUGUCAGUGGCCACCAGGCCCACAGCCACCUUGCCACUUUCACCACCGAAACCGCUGGGACCGGGGCCAUCCUUGCCACUUGCUCAAGAUGAGGAACUCGCCACGAGGGGGGAGCAGGACCCCUUGCUGGAAGAACUAUGCAAGCCAUUAUGCUGUAGGCUUUGCAACGUUACCCUGAACUCUGCCCAACAAGCCCAGGCACACUACCAGGGUAAAAACCACAGUAAGAAACUUCGGAAUUACUAUGCUGCCAAUAGCUGUCCAGCUUCUGCCCGAGUGAGUAACUCUCUUGAGCCAGCUACUCAUCCAAUGGUGUCCCUUGCACCCCAGGGGUCCUCCCCGAAACCAGGAGGGCGAGUGAUCUUGGCCACGGAGAACGAUUAUUGCAAACUGUGUGAUGCGUCCUUUUCUUCACCAGCAGUGGCCCAGGCUCACUAUCAGGGCAAGAACCAUGCCAAAAGGCUGCGGCUGGCUGAGGCACAGAACAACUCAUUCUUAGAGUCGUCUGAAAUGGCCGGUAAAAGGAAAGCACGAAAAGAAGGGAACGAAUUCAAGAUGAUGCAGAACAGAAGGAAUGUUUAUGCCGUGCAAAAUAACACAGGUAUGGUCAAGAUUGGCAAGAGUCUUUGGUAUUCUCCAGGGCUUUCCCAGGCCAUACCACAGCAAUUUGGCCCUUAUUUCAACCCCCGCUCCCGUCAGCGGAUACCUCGUGACCUCGCCAUGUGCGUCACCCCCAGCGGCCAGUUCUACUGCUCCAUGUGCAACGCCGGGGCCAGCGAGGAGAUGGAGUUCCGGCAGCAUUUGGAGAGCAAGCAACACAAGAGCAAAGUCUCCGAACAGCGGUAUAAGAACGAGAUGGAGAACCUCGGCUACGUCCAAUGAGACUCGAUCCCCGAUAGCCGCUCUUUUUUUUUUUUUUUUGACUUUUCCCUAUGUAGGGAGCAGCUUCUGCUUGCUUGCCUGCCACGUGCCCUGCAUCUGUGCUCUGUGCCUUAGGAGGCCUGCUCCCCAGCUCUCUCUGUGCUUCUCACAAACCUAACAGUGAAGUCAAUGAAUUUAAGUCAAAAAGACAAGAGAAACGGGGUCACACCUCCCCAUUGGCAGGAAUGUGUGCUACAGGAUAUUGGAUGUUGAUGUGUCUGGCCCGUUAGCUGCCUUCGAAAGAGAACCUGCCCCUUUCACUGAUCCCCUGCCAUCCCCCUUGCAUGAGUGAGCUUUGCUUGGGAAGGUAGCGAAGGGUUCAUCCCCCCCCCCUCUCUCUUUUUGCUGUGCAUCACGCCACGUUUGCAUAUGGCGACUUGGUGAAACAAAGGACAAAGGGUCAGCCUACGGCGGCGUCACCUGUCUGGGGAACGCUUCCAAUUCCUCCUCCCUGGUUAAGUCCCAUCAUCUCCAGCUGUGCAACGAUUUGGGAGAGCAGAGGCAGGAAAGACCUCUGUGGCCAGUCAGAAUGAUAAGAGCUGAGCGAAUUGAACCAGUAGGGACCCGGCUGCUAUUAAACAGUAACGGAAAAAAAGGGGAAAAAAUGUAAGCGCACCAAGUGAAUCUUGGAAAGAGUGAGUCUUAGGAUGUAAAUUCUUUUUAAAUCAGUAUCUUUUUUUUUUUUUAGGCCCACCUAGAAGCCAGGAAAAAGAUGUGUUGUUUUAAUAAAUAGCAACCUGAGGCUAUGCCCAGGCGAGGUCUGAAGCGUUUUCAAGACAGGCACUACACUCAAAAAGGCUUCAGGCUUCAGUUCCAUAGCAUCCGGUUCUUUUACAUCCUCAAGUUGCUGUAGCUUCCUGCAAAAAUAAUCAUUUAUUAUUAUUCUGGGGGAAGAUCCAGUGCUGGGUUUGAAACCAAAUUCAAGUAUGCUUGGGUGUAGUAUAUUAGAAUGAAUGAGAGAAUUUCCUUUCCCUAAUUUGAGGCUUUGCAUCUGUUGGAAUUGCUGCUGAGAUGAUGCUGACUUGGUACUUUGAACGAAAUAGGAAAAGCAGUUCCCAAAUUAUUUUGUAAUAGGUGGGGUCUUUUCCCUUCCUGAUACUUUCAUUAAUUGAUUUUUUUAAAAAAAUGCUUUCCAUUUUUGGCAAAACAUCCACAAGCAGUCUGGGCAUUACUGAUUUGAGAACAAAAAUCUGAAAAUGAGUUCUUUUGGUUUGUACUGUACUGUUUUGUUUUGUUGUUAGUUCUAGCAAUGGAGGCCAAUAGCCUCCAAAUCUCCAGAAUGAUGCUUUCAGAUGCAACUCCUUCCCAUAAAGCACAUCCUAGACUGGGAUUGGCAACUAUGGCCCCUUUAUGACCUGUAGACUUCAACUCCCAGAAAUCCUCGCUCAGGAAUUCUGGGAGUUGAAGUCCACAGGUCAUAAAAUGGCCAUGGUUGCCCACCCCUAUCUUAGACAAAUGCAUAGGUACUAUGCAUGAAAUAUAUGCUUUAUUUGUGAACUUCUAACCCAAAUCAAGUAAAACUCUUCUCAUUAGCAGUCUCUGUCCUUGUCUGGAGGUUGACCAUGUAGAUGGCCACCAACUUCUAUCUCGAACAUGCUUGCAGGAAUAACAUUUUGUUGCAAUUUCAACUGUUAGAGGAAUUGAUGUUCUCUCUCUUUUAAAUAUGCUCCCGUGGUUGAAUGCCUGUUCAAGUGACAACGAUGCAGCAUUCCACCAUAACACCAACACGAUGCAAACCUCUCUUCCUCAUGGGCGUCUUUUUGUUUUUAACUUUUCAUUUGUAACCUUCUAAGUUUUAAGCUUUGGGAAAGUUGCUUUUCUAAUUCUCCUAAUCACAGUCCUUAGAGGUAGGUGCUAAAAGCUCUCCACCCCAACCCUGUUCAGAUGUGUUGGAUUUCAAUUCCCACAAUUCUACCACCACCAUAUACGAGAGUUCGAAACUUAGCACAUCUGGACACACUAAAUAGGGUUUAAUCCUUUGCUAGGUUCAGCCCUAUUGUUAGAGAUGAUAACUUUCCUUUGCAAGUGGGAGAAAAGACUAGAUUUGAAAUGAACACAAAGAACAUAUCCAUGCAAAGAAAUGAAAAACUGAGGUACUUAAGAUAGGAAUUGAGACGGAGGAGUGCCUAAUUACUAUUUGUCCUAAAACCCAGCUGUUGAUUUCAUUGAGAACAGAUCUAUCAAAAAUCCAAGUGGAUUAUGAAAAUCCAAGUGGAUUAUUUUGCUUUUACCAAUAGAAGAGAAUAUUUGUAGCUCAGGGUUGAACUGUGGGGUACUUGGUGCUCUCUGAGCUUGGUGGUUUUCUUGCAGACAUUUCCUUACCCAACUAGGUAACAUCAUCUGAGAGCAAACCCUAGUCCCUUCUAGCACUCACAAUUUAAGAAAACAAGUUCAGAGAGCAUCAAGGACUCCAGAUUAGCUCUUGAAGAUAAAAGAUUGGUAUCUUUUUUGGCAUAAAUCUUCAGCCUGUUUGGAAGUUUGCAGCCAUAAUGAUUACAGACCUUAAGAGGUGACAAUUGGAAAGGGAAAACAAAGGAAAUGAAAUAUUUAUCAAGUUGUCUCACUGGCCAGUAGAUUGAUUUUUUUUUUUGUAUGUGUGCUGCUACUAAUCUGUAUAUUUUUGUAUUUAUUUUGAUCAUGCUGACCAUUAAUAAGCUCACAAAUAUUUAAGGGGU